AUGAGAGACAUUCGGUACCAUUGGAAAGAUGGGGUGAACAGCGUCGGUAUGAGCAACGAGGUGCAGCUGCCGCAGUUCCGGGUGCUCGGCCACCGGCAGCGCGCCACUGUUGUUACAUUGACGACAGUCGGCUACACCAUGCGGGACAUCAGAUACAAAUGGAACGAGGGGCCCAACUCUGUGGGUGUUUCCAGCGAGGUGUCGCUGCCGCAGUUCAAGGUGCUGGGCCAUCGCCAACGAGCUAUGGAGAUCUCCCUUACUACAGGAAAUUACUCAAGAUUGGCAUGUGAAAUUCAAUUUGUACGAUCAAUGGGAUAUUACCUGAUUCAAAUUUAUAUUCCGUCUGGUUUGAUUGUCAUCAUAUCAUGGGUAUCGUUUUGGUUGAACCGAAACGCCACACCGGCUCGAGUCGCUCUAGGUGUUACCACUGUGUUGACGAUGACCACUCUCAUGUCUUCAACGAAUGCAGCUUUACCUAAGAUAUCGUACGUCAAGUCUAUCGACGUAUAUUUGGGAACCUGCUUCGUGAUGGUCUUCGCGAGUUUGCUAGAAUAUGCUACUGUGGGGUAUAUGGCCAAAAGAAUACAGAUGAGAAAACAAAGAUUCGUAGCUAUACAGAAAAUUGCCUCUGAAAAGAAAAUUCCAGUUGAUUGUCCUCCUGUCGGUGAUCCACACACGCUGUCUAAAAUGGGAACUCUUAGUCGGUGCCCACCUGGAAGACCAUCGGAGGUGCGUUUUAAAGUACACGACCCUAAAGCUCAUUCCAAAGGCGGAACCCUGGAGAAUACUAUCAAUGGCGGCCGCAGUGGAGCAGAGGAAGAAAACCCUGGCCCUCCCCCUCAUAUCCUACAUCCUGGCAAGGACAUAAGCAAACUGCUCGGCAUGACUCCUUCGGACAUCGACAAGUACUCUCGCAUAGUAUUCCCCGUCUGCUUCGUAUGUUUUAACCUCAUGUACUGGAUCAUUUACCUACACGUUUCCGACGUCGUGGCUGACGAUCUGGUUCUACUGGAAGAGGAUAAAUAG